AUGAAAUUAUUUUUGCGUAGUGGUAACAGAAUCAACGUUUCGAAUCGUGGUUCACACCCCAUUAGUGUCGGUUUCUUCCAAAAUACUGGUGCGAAUCAACCAUCAUUCGUAGCAGAAAAAACGAUAAAUAUAUCACCGGGUGGAACAGUAAGUGUUUCACUAGCGUAUGGAUGGGAAGGUCGUUUGCAGAAAUUGACUGGAGCUCCACCUGAUCCAGCUACAUGGGCUGAAAUUCAUUUUAAUGCUUGGCAAGAUAUGACAUUUUGCGAUAUAAGUCUGAUACGAGGAUUCAAUGGAGCAAUGGUUUUCUCGAGCGUAGAUGGAAGUCUUCGAACAGGAUUUACGAAUGAUUUGAGACAGGGAGCGCCAAGUAAAUACAAAGUCAAAGAUUCAAAAGGUUAUGAUGUUCUUCAACCGACUGAACCCUACACGGGCGGUCAAAAUCAAGAAUUGGUAGCAUAUUAUCGCCAGAGUGUGUCACAAGGAAAUGCUUACAUUAUCCCAGAUGAUCACGCUAGUUCUCAUGGUACCACGGCCAAGCAGAUUAAUUUGGAAAUCUACUAG